AUGAAUAACUACUUUUCUGUUACCAGUCCUACAGCUCAUAUGAAAGUAGAAGCUACUCUGCUGGAUAAACUUAAAACUGGUAACUAUGUUCUUACUCAAUGUAAACCUACCAUUGUCAGUGCUCUUGGGGCUGUCCUCAAACCUGACUCUGACGAGUUACGCAUUAUACAUGACUGUUCCAUGCCAGUUGGAAAGGGUGUCAAUACGUACAUUGAUAUUGCCUGUGCUAUGAUCAAACAGGGAUAUUUUAUGGCCAAGGUUGAUUUACGCCAUGCAUAUCGGUCAGUACCUGUUCAUCCAUCAAACUAUGCUGCGCUUGGUCUAAAAUGGCGGUUUUCUGGAAGCACUCGAUACUCAUAUCUUGUCGAUACUCGACUUCCUUUUGGAGGUCGAAGUGCUCCUGGAAUAUUUCAUCGGCUUACACUAUCUCUUAGCCCUGCUAAGUUGGUCCCUCCAUGCCAGCAACUUACUUUUCUUGGAAUUCUGCUUGACACUGUGUCACUUACCCUUUCUCUUCCACCUGCUAAACUGGAUGCAUUGAGGGAAGUAGUGUCACAUUUUUUAACCAAGCAGAGAGCCUCUAAGAAAGAGUUGCAACGUCUUGCUGGUCGCCUAAAUUGUGCUUGUAAAGUCGUGUAUGGUGGUAGAACGUUCUUGAGACGUGUCCUGGAUCUGAUGAACACCUUGUCUUCCUCUGCCUCGAAGUGUCGCUUGACGCUCGAAUUUCACAGGGAUAUAGCUUGGUGGGAUCAGUUCUUGGGUGUGUUUAAUGGACAAUGCGAUUUCUAUGACCAAAGACCUAUUACCAGUCUGCAAACUGAUGCUUGCUCUGACGCUGUUGGUGCCUUUUUUGAGGGUGAUUGGUUCUAUUCUCAUCUAUGGGUAGACCAUUCCCCUCUUGCCUCUUUGCAUAUUAAUUAUAAGGAAGCCCUGUGUGUAGUUCUUUCUGCUAUUCGCUGGGCUCCCACUUGGCAGAACAAAACUAUCCAUGUCUUCUGCGAUAAUACUGCUGCUGUUGCUAUGCUUAAUAAAGGAACUACCCAUCACCCUGUUAUGAUGGACUAUUUAUGUCAGUUGUUUUGGUUAUCGGCUACCUUCAAUUUUCGUUUGAAGGCUUUCCAUGUAGCUGGUGCUCAGAAUGUCCUUGCUGACGACAUAUCACGUCUUCAUUCAAGACAACACUUAUUAUCAUUUUUGCACUUUUUGCAGCUCAACUCACUGACUUCAGUCUGUGAUAUGGUUGCCAUCAAUCAUAUGUCUGCCUAUUCUUAUUAUUUUCUCAUUGAGUUGCCCCCCUUCGUUUCGCAGUUGGUGCACGACGUUGUCCUUUUUCGGCAGGCCACCUAUGCUGAGAAUGCAAAAAAGCACGCAUCGCAAGGCUUAUGA